AUGCCUCCAGGUCAGGGUCAGCCCCAGAGGCGCCCGGCGCAGAACGAAGAUACGCCGAUAUGGAGGACAAUUGUGAACAGUGUCAUCAUGGUCAUCGCGUUCCAAUCCAUCUGGAAAAUAGCAGGAACACAGAUGGGAUGGGUCAAGCCGGGCCCGGGAGCUGCUAACAAAGCUGCUCCCGUCUACCCUGCCCCUCCUCUCGACCCCUCCGAAGCGGACCAGUAUGAAUAUAAAGGUGUACCUGACAUGAUCUAUCCUCUCUGGGAGUUCUCUCAACCGGUCGACAUCUCCGUAUAUAUUACCGAACAUCCCGGUGGCCUCAAUCUCGCAGAUCCCGCAAUCAUCCAGCAAAACCGCGUCUUCCACACCGAAAACUAUAAAAUGGAUGACACCAGCGAAGACAGGGGGGUCAGCACAACCGUUAAAUUCAGCGAUCAUGUUCAACAUAAUGGAACCCUCUGGGCUGUUAUAUAUGUCCACAAGCACGGAAUCACAGACCACGAUGCCUCGAACAGCUUUGCACAAUAUAAAUUGCUUACCCGGUUUAUGCCGAAGAAGAAGAUUGCUAAGGUUAAGAAGCUUUUGGGUGGGAACAAAGACGAAGAAGUCGAGGAGGAGGUCGAAUCGGAACCACAUACCGAAGGACCCACCGUCGCUACUUAUUGGCAUCCAAAUGUUACAAUCAAUAUAGUCGGAAACACCGGACCCCAACAGUAUCCUAGCAUGCACCCGGCGAUGCGACAACAUUAUAGCUUGGAAAGAAAUGGUGCGCGAGACCAAUACGGAAAGAACAGUUGGUUCUACCCGGUUGUCUUUGUCAAUGACUUUUGGCUCCUAAAGGAACAUAUGAUGCCAAUCAACGAGACCGUCAAGACCCAAGACUUGCACAUUAACGUUUACAACAUCCCAAACUGGAAAUACAACAUCUAUGCCUCCAUGGACCAAGCGUUCAAGGUACAAGCCCAGCAGAACAAUGCCCAGGGAGCCGAACUCGAGGAAGUAAAGCGUAUUCUAAUCGACACCAACAUCUACCUCCUCUCCACUACUAUUAUCGUCUCCCUUCUUCACACUGUCUUCGAAAUGUUGGCCUUCAAGAGCGAUAUCUCCCACUUCCGUAAUAAGAAAGAUAAUGUCGGUGUCUCCUUCCGCACCAUUCUUGGCAACGUCAUUAUGCAACUUAUCAUCUUCCUCUACCUCAUUGACAACUCGGAUGGCACUUCAUGGAUGAUCUUGUUCGGUCAGGGGACAGGUAUACUAAUAGAAGCCUGGAAAAUCACCACGGUCGUCAACGUCAGAGUCCGUGAGGCUCCAGGCACUUUACUUGGUUAUAAAAUCUCCUUCGAAGAUAAACACAAACUCAGUGAAACCGAAGAGAAGACGAAGGAGUAUGAUGAAAUUGCGUUUAAAUAUUUGAUGAUUGUCGCGGUACCGCUGUUGUUGGCGUACGCGGGUUAUAGUUUGGUUUAUGAGGAGCAUAAGAGUUGGUAUAGUUUUAUUAUCACGACACUUGUUGGGAGUGUCUACGCAUACGGGUUCUUGAUGAUGGUACCUAGUCUAUAUAUCAACUACCGUCUCAGGUCGGUGGCUCACAUGCCAAGAAAGACUAUGAUGUACAAGUUUUUGAACACCUUCGUUGAUGACCUAUUUGCCUUCACUAUUAAGAUGCCAACACUCCAUCGCAUUGCAACCCUUAGAGACGACGUUAUCUUCUUCAUUUAUCUCUACCAACUCUGGUCGUACCGCGUGGACUACAGCCGUGUCAACGAAUUCGGCCAGGGAGGUGAUGGAGAAGAUGAUGAAAAGAAGGAAACAAAGGCAAUAGAAGAGAAAGAUGAGAGCACAAAGACUGAAGUAGAGGAAGAGAAGGAAACAAAAGCGGAGAGCUCGAAGGAAGGUGUAAAACAGAGGAAAAAGAAGUCAGGUUAA